AUGUCGGCGUCGGGGGCAACGACGCCGACGGCGACGGAGGCACCAGCGCUGGACGACAGGGACAUGGAACCACGCACCCCUAUGAAGCGUCUCGGGUCCACAAGAAAAUUAGCAGCUUUCAACAUUAAUGCAGAGGAAUUAGAUAAUGUCCUCACUGAGAUUGUCCUCAGUCAAUUGAAUUCAAGCGUAGGCCCAGACGACGCUGCGCUCGCAAUUAUUUUGUUACAUUCU